UGAAUUUACCAGCGUUUGUAUUGUUUUCGUUUUGCUCAAAGUUAAAUUAAUUCUUAAUUAUUGUAUUCUCGUAGAAAUUCAGGUGCUAAUACUGAUUUUGGAUGUAAAAUUAGUUACCCAGAGAAUAUAAGCUAAUAGUGAUGACUGCAUUCGAAAAUUUAUCUCCUUCUCAGAAAGUUCGAGCAUCACUCCAUCGCGAUGUCAGAGGGAUAUGCACAGAAGCCUUACAUCUACUUGGAAUGGAUAUAACAAAGCCCGCCAUGGCGAUAGUAGCAGAGCUAGUUUACAAGAAACUGAAAAUAUAUGGAAGAGAUUUGGAAGCCUUUGCAAAACAUGCCAAACGGAACACAAUUAAUUCUGAAGAUGUGAAGCUUCUGGUUAGAAGAAAUCCUUCACUGAAAACACACCUAAACAAAAUCCAACCAUCAAAUCCUCUACUCAAAGAAAAACGUCGAAAAACCAUAGCAACCCCCAAACUCACUACACCAUCAUCUAAACCCAAAGAAACCAGACCGAACACUGAAGGUAGAAGUGAUAAAACAGAGGAUAUAGAGACAAAUGAAGUGAAAGAGAGUGAGAUAAAAGAUGUGAGUUCGAACACUUCGAAGGAUGAUUCGAUUGAGAAGAGGAUGGCAAGUGAAGUGGAACAGAUGUCGGUGGAUGACGUCGUUGAUCUUACUUUUGAUUGAAAUAUAUAAACGGUUCUUUAAAAAAACGUCUUUUAUUUCAGAU